UUUACAGUUUGACCUGGCAUGCCAAGAAUGGCUCAGAUCAAUCAUCGGCUCAGCCAGCACGUUCGGCAUGAUACUGGCAUUGCCCUUGACUGGCUUCAUCGCUGACAGAUACGGGCGCCGAUUCGCCGUGGCCCUCAACGCCUUUAAUCGUGCCUGGCUUGGCUUGUCCCGGUACUGGACUCAAUCCUAUGGGAGUUUUAUCGCUUUAGAGUUUCUGGAGGCUGUUUUUGAUGCGGCAGGAUUUUCUUGCGCUUAUAUUAUUGCAAUGGAGUUUGUGGGACCCAAGUAUCGAGUCAUAGCGGGCGCUACAACGUCCACUUUCUACACAAUAGGCAUGGUCAUGCAGGCUCUAAUGGCCUGGGCUGUACCUUACUGGAGACACUUGACACUUGCACUCUAUAUACCUCAACUUAUCACAAUUACCUACUUCUUUAUCAUGCCUGAGUCAGUCCGGUGGUACUUAAGCAAAGGGCGAUAUACUGAAGCGGAAGCGCAAUUGAAAAUGGCAGCACAAAUGAAUCGCAAAACGAUGUCUGAGAGAUCUCUACAAAGUUUGAAAAAGAGCACCGAAGAAGAGAGAAGGAUGGCUUUAAAGAAGCAGAAGGAACCGUGGCUAGUGACUCUUGUGUUUCAACACAAACCUAUACUCCUUCGUUGUAUUAUAGCACCAGUUUGGUGGAUCACAACUGUACUAGUCUAUUACGGUUUGUCAAUGAAUGCUGUCAACAUGUCAGGGAAUAAAUACUUGAACUACAUGGCAGUUGGAGCAGUUGAGAUACCUGGGUUUUGGACGGCUGUUCUCCUAUUUGAUAGGAUUGGUAGAAAACCAUUGUUUAUUGGCGCUUUCUGGAUUUGUGCAGCGUGUCAGAUUGGAUUCAUUUUUAUGCCUGAUGGUUUCUACGGUCUGUCCCUGGCAGUGUACCUGCUAGGCAAGUACACCAUCUCCAUAGUGGUGACUUCACUGUACAUCUUCACCAAUGAGCUGUUCCCUACGCAGUUUGUCCUCUUCGCUUCAAUGGUAUGGGAGCAUCUCCCGUUCGUCCUGUUUGGGACCCUCGCAGCAAUAUCAGGGUUGUUGGUGCUACUGGCCCCAGAGACCAAAGGCAUCCCGCUACCUGACACUAUGCAGGAGGCCGCCGAGCUGGGCUCCAAACGUCCUGCCAGAAAAAACUAA